GGACAGUCGCAAGAAUGCGACGCGAGCCCAAUUGCCAAUCGUGGAGAUGGCAACGGAUUUUAUAUUGAUUAAUUGACAUAUGUAUUCCAAAUGUACCGUUUAGAUAAUAUAUCAUUCAAAUUCUAAUGUGAUCUUCAACGACACAUAUCGCUCGGCGAUUAAAAUUCGCAGUUAACGCAACGUGUCGUCUCGUUGCGCCAAAAGAUCAUAAAACGUUAAAUAACGAAAAAAAAAACGGGAAAAAUGUUCCGUAGAUUUGAGGCAGGAGUCGAUAGAAUUCGAGCAUUGAAACCAUUUAAUCUAUGCGGUGUUAGAUACUUACGUGAACCCUGUCAACCUUUAAAACGUUGUCCAAGAUGGGUAUGCGUAGAAGAUGCUGUAAAAAUCAUCAAUUCCGAGCACCUUGUAUUUAUCCAGGGUAGUUCAGCUACACCGAUGGAAUUAAUACGAGGUAUGACAGAGCAUGGAGUCUGUAAUAAUUUACGUGGUGUACGACUAUUACAUAUGGGUUUGGAGGGAAGUGCCCCAUUUGCUAAUCCGGAAUUCGAGAAACAUUUUAGAUCUGUCAGUUUAUUCAUUGGUUCGAAUUUGCGCGAGGCGGUGAACGAAGGACGAGCAGAUUACAUACCGAUAUUUCUACAUGAAGUACCGAAGCUGUUUUUUGAGAAGAGAAUUAAUCCUGAUAUAGCACUGAUCCACGUCAGUGCUCCUGAUUUUCGGGGAUAUUGUUCACUAGGUACUAGCGUGGAUUGUACUCGUGCUGCUGUUUGCACGGCAAAAGUUAUCAUCGCUCAAGUAAAUGAACAUAUGCCAAGGACAUUUGGGGAUGCUGUCAUUCACUGUAGCCAUUUUGAUUGGGCUGUAAGAUAUGAUUGUCCAUUGCCUUGUAUUGCUGGAACUCCACCUACAGAUAUCGAACAAGAAAUUGGCAAGAUUAUUGCCACUCGACUUAUUGAGGAUGGAGCAACCCUACAGAUGGGUAUUGGUAAUAUACCAGAUGCGAUAUUGUGUGCAUUGGGCAAUCAUAAAAACCUUGGGGUACAUACUGAAAUAUUCAGUGAUGGAAUGUUAGACCUUGUUGAGAAAGGAUGUAUCACUAAUAAGAAAAAGAUAAAGCAUCGAGGUAGGGCAGUCAGUACUAUGGUGCUUGGCACUAAGAAACUCUAUGACUAUGUGCAUAAUAAUCCAUUUGUUGAAAUGCUGGGAAUCAAUUACGUUAAUGAUCCACGAGUAAUUGCGAUGCAACCUCGAAUGACAGCCGUAAAUUCCUGCAUUGAAAUGGAUAUUACUGGCCAAGUGUGUUCUGACAGUCUUGGAGUUAAGAUGUAUUCCGGUUUUGGUGGACAGCUAGAUUUCAUUCGAGGUGCAGCAAUAUGCCAUGAUGGUCGGGGGAAAGCAAUUAUAGCAUUCCCUUCAGUAACCAGUAAGGGAGAGAGUAAAAUUCAACCGGUCCUAAAGCUAGGUGGUGGUGUGGUAACAACUAGAGGUCAUAUACAUUAUGCUGUUACGGAACAUGGGGUAGCUCAGCUUUUUGGUAAAACUCUUCGACAGAGAGCAAAUGCACUUAUUCAAAUUUCACAUCCGGAUCAUAGAGAAUGUCUCGAGAAAGCUGCAUACGAACGACUAAAGACAAUGCCAACCAAAUAUUUAUGAUUGCACAAAAAAUAUUGAUUUUCUAGAAGUGAAUUAUAACUAUUUGUAAUCAUAAGGGACGUAACAGUGAUUACAUAACCGGGAUUGAACCGCGGUUGUUCUUUAUGAUACUAGCAGAUAGAUGCUCAUUUAAAAAAAGGCAAUUAAUUGAUUUGGGCGAAAUUCUAAAACUUUGACAAAAACCUCGUCUCUUCGAUGUAAUGAUACAGAAAAAAUAAGUUUCAUUGGAGGUAAAUAACGCUGAUUCUGGAAAUAUGUUUCAUCUUACGCUCAAUUAUUCUAAUUGAUAAUACAACAGUAGUUCCUCUUUUCUGUUUUUUUUUUACAAAAUAAUCUUUUUACAAGAACAAUUAGAACAAACAAAGGAUCGCCGUAUUUAUACAGUAAGAUAGUUUAAAAUAAUAAUGAAAAAAUCGAAAAUCAAUGUAAAACCAAAUGUAAUGACAAGUUUAUAAUGUCCUUUAUUGGCAGCAAACAUUUGGACAAGCAUUUGUUUUGUAAAGUGUUUUUGUACAAGAACAAAUAUACACUAAAUUUUUAUAACAUAUAUAUAUAUACACACCUGUAUAUCGGCGCACGGUAUAAUUCUUGGGACGUUUCUACGCCCGAAUAUCUGAUAAAUGCUCAGUAUAAAUAUUAUGUAGUAAUUCAAUUGUGAUAACGUUUAUUAUCGAUAACAUCACAGCAUCAAACUUUUAUCUCAUUAAUAUUCGAAAGUGCACGAUUGAUAGUAUAGGAAAAAAAAAGUGGAAUUAAAUAUCGCAGCACAAACGACAA